UAGGAAUUCUGACAUUUGCGGUGUGUGCUCAUCCCAGCUUGAUCAAGCCCUUCAAGGAAGUGAUCCUGCCCAGAAGAGAGUACGCUUUCUGCAGGCUUACGAGCCUGGCCCCCUCAGCGAAUUCAGCGUCAUCGUCGGAGAGGUGCCAUGGACUUUAUAGAGAGGGGCUUCAACUGCAGUCGCCAAUGUCGUGUUUACCUUCGCCUUCCGAAAAACUCUCAAGAAACACCCUUGUGCGGUGUGUGCACACCCCAACUUAAUGAAGCUUUUGUAGGAAGUAAGUAUGCAGAAAGCGCACAGAAAAAAGUGCGCUUUCUGCAGGCUUACUCUCCCGGCCCUCUCAGCCCAUUGUUCCGCGGCGAUGUCACCUUCGUCGGAUGCGAUCUGGUGCCCGUCUUCGCUCAUCGUUUCAUUAUGGCGGGCAAGUCCACUGUCUUUGGGAAGAUGUUUGAUAUCGAUAUGAAGGAGAAGGAGAUCGGAACAGUGCAAGUCGACGACGCAGAUGCUCCUGUGCUGAGGUCCAUGGUGAAUUUCUGUUACACUGCAGAAAUUUUGUUUACUGAAGAGGCAUCAGUCGAGGAAGUGAUGAAGCUUGCCCACAAAUAUGACAUCAGCGAGUUGAAGGAAGUUUGCGAGAGCGAGCUUUGCGAAGGUAUCAACGAGGAGAACCUCUGCACUAGAUUAAGACUUGCUCACAUAUAUGAUAUCAAGACGCUGAAUGCAGUUGGAGUCAAGUUCUUCAAGGAUAAUUUCGAUGAUGUGUACCCUAGUGUUGUAGAGAGAUUACGUUAAUAGAAUUAGAGGUAGUUUAUAACAGAAUGUCCCGGUUUGGACAGAUGUUUUUAUGCUUAACAGUCUCAGA